CUGUGUGUGUGACACACAGACACACACACACAUCCUGUCUUUGCGGAAGUCGGAGCAGUCGAGGCGGCGCUAAAUGAAAUUAUCAUCCGGACUGAGUCGUUAUCGGAGCGGAUCUUCUGAGCGGAUCUAGUGAGCGGAGCUCCGUCAACACUCCCCGGUUCUAACGUCCAUCCUUCCCCGCCUCCAGGCUCAGUUUGUCGGGGUCUUCUAUCGUCCGCCUGCCGUGCCGAGGAGAUGGGGGACAAGGCGGGCACCAGAGUUUUCAAGAAGUCAAGCCCUAACUGUAAGGUGACAGUUUACCUGGGAAAAAGAGACUUUGUGGAUCAUCUGGAUCAUGUGGAUCCUGUAGACGGAGUGAUCCUCGUGGACCCCGAGUAUCUGAAGGACAGGAAAGUCUUCGUCACGCUGACGUGUGCGUUUCGUUACGGACGUGAGGACCUGGAUGUGCUGGGUCUGUCGUUCAGGAAGGAUCUCUACAUCUCCACCUUCCAGGCGUUUCCUCCGGUGCCUGAGGAGCGGAAACCAAACAGUCGUCUUCAGGAGCGGCUGCUGAAGAAACUUGGUCAACAUGCACAUCCCUUCUACUUCACUAUUCCUCAGAACCUCCCGUGUUCUGUCACUUUACAGCCCGGCCCAGAGGACACUGGGAAGGCCUGUGGCGUCGACUUUGAGAUCAGAGCUUUCUGUGCCAAGUCGAUAGAAGAGAAGAUUCACAAGAGGAACUCAGUGCGUCUGGUCAUCAGGAAGGUUCAAUAUGCUCCAGAGAAACCAGGUCCUCAGCCGAUGGUGGAGACGACUCGCAGCUUCCUGAUGUCGGACAGAUCCCUGCACCUGGAGGCCUCUCUGGACAAGGAGUUGUAUUACCACGGAGAACCCAUCAGUGUCAACGUUCACGUCACCAACAACUCCACCAAGACCGUCAAGAGAGUCAAGAUUUCAGUGCGUCAGUAUGCAGAUAUCUGUCUGUUCAGUACGGCUCAGUACAAAUGUCCUGUGGCUCAGCUGGAGGCAGAUGACCAGGUGUCAUCCAGCUCCACCUUCUGUAAAGUUUACACUCUGACUCCGACGCUCGACAAGAACAGAGAGAAGAGAGGACUCGCUCUGGACGGAAAACUCAAACAUGAAGACACCAACCUGGCCUCGUCCACCAUUGUGAAGGAUGUCACCAACAAAGAGGUUCUGGGGAUCCUGGUGUCGUACAGAGUCAAAGUGAAGCUGGUGGUCUCACGUGGAGGGCUGCUGCGAGGCAUGUUGGAGAGAGACGUGUCUGUGGAGCUCCCCUUCAUCUUGAUGCAUCCUAAACCUGUGGAGCCUCCAGUGUCACGUCCUCAGUCAGCUGUUCCAGAGAUGGACCCGCCCAUCGACACCAAUUUGAUAGAGUUUGACACAAACAGCAGCAUCUCCCAGGACGACGACUUUGUCUUCGAGGACUUUGCCCGCCUGCGACUCAAAGGCGUCGUGGAUGACAAAGACGAGGACUGCUAGGAUUUCGACCCUUCAUAUGCUUGCUUCAAACACACACAGACACACACACACACACUCUUCACGUUACAUUCCCCAGUGAUGGAUGAGGGCGUGUUUAGACGGAGGCUUCACAGGCCUCGCUGGUGUUCUUCCUCUCUUGCUUCUGCCAUUCAUCACGCCGCCGCCAUUUCCUGCCACCGUCUCCUCCAUCCAUCUUCUCCGUUUCCCUGUUUUUGCUGAAGGUUUAAAAACUCUAGAUGUUAUGCAGCUGCAGGACAGAUGUUGGCGGUCCAGAUGGAAUAUCAGCUGUCUCUUUGUUUGUAGUUCAGGACGUUCAGGUAUGGGCGGAGUCCGGAGGGCGACCACGUGAGGAAAACGAUAAGAAACAUGAAGAACAGACGUGUAGGAAGCUGAAGAGUCACAGAAGAAGCAGCGCUUGUCCUCCUUUACUUUGAAAAUCUUCUUGAAUGUCGAGCUUUUCCUGCGUCGAUGAUCAGCGUCACGUACAAACAGGAUUUAUAUUUGAAGACGAGCGCAGAGAUCUGUGGUGACGCAGUUUUUCUUCACAUUUACACUGUAGACGCUUUUUAUGUUGUGGUCGCAAAAGGAGGAAACACUCACAACAGUCUCACAGACGACUGAAGUUCGAUUUCACCAGCAUCCACCGACCCGACCGACCCCACCCCCCCACCCCCCCACCCUUGUUCUUUUGUUUGGAGUCAUUCCUGCGUCAAUGAAGUCGUUUCCUUUUAUUUCAAACUUCUUACAGAAAGAAGACGUCCGGUCGUCAGCGUUUUCUGAGUUUGUAAAAAUAAAGCAACAAGAAAAUAAACCGUCGUUUAACAAUCAAAUUAUUGUUUCUAGAUCAGAUCAGUGAUUUUAAAUAAAGACGAAGACUCGUCUCCUCUUCCUCCA